CUUCAUGGUCGACAAAGAUCCAAGUCCUGAACCAGCUUCGACCUCCUCUAUUGCAGAUGGCGAGAAUGCUAUGGCCACAGAUGAUUCAUCAGAACAGUUUCAUGUACAAGGUCGUAACACGCGGCGCAUGAGCUUUACGGACACUUCCAAAUCAGCCAAAGUGCGGUAUCGUAACUCUGCUUCACUGUCGCCAUCGCUAAACAGACGGCGCAUGCCACCCAGCUCUCCUAAUCUAAACGUUACGGGCGGAACAGCUCUCCUUUCUCCAAAAGAAAUGACUCGUUUAGCACCCUAUACAUCCAACAGCUUUGAUAUGCUAGACUCCAUCGUCGAUUAUCAAGACGGAUAUGGCCCAGCGCCAGUCAAUUCGUCUAGCACUCCCGCUCAACUUAGCAAAAAGAAAAAGAAGCAUAAAUCCAACAAAAGCACACAGUUUACUCCUCCUCAAUCUCCAGUCGCGCAGCAACGUCGAAGAAGUUUAACUCCAGUCGAUCAAAAUGUGUCCUAUCGGCAACCUCUAUCGCCAAAUGCUCAACCCAGACGUAUGGAGAACUUUCAGGCGAAGCAGUAUUCGACAAAUAAACGACGUUCAUUGAUAUCGAGGUCGUCAGAUGAUUACAAAAAUAGCACGGAUUCGAUUCUUAAUGAAAAUAAGGAGAAUAGAGCGCCUUCUGUGGUCAGUGGAAAUUCGAGUUCAAAUGAACAAAAGCCUAGCCAUAAAGACAAAGGGGAGGCAAGAGCCAAAAUUUCAAAGGAAGAGGAUGUCAAAGAUUUGCCGGAGAGCAAGCCGUCCUUUUCUAUCUGGGAUUAUCUGAAAGAUGAAUUGACGGCUUCGGACUUUGACAGUGCACAAGAUCUGAAGCGAGAAAGAGUUACGAACUUGCUUGGCGUACCAGGCGCUGUUGAGAAGCUCAUGUCGUUUGGUCAGUUGGUCUGCUUGGACUCGUUCUUAUACACCUUCACCAUAUUGCCUUUGCGGUUUUUCUUUGCACUUGUGCGUUUCUUUGACGUUUCUUUUUGGAAUAUAGUGAAUAUAAGGACGUUGGACAGAAGACAUCUUAAGCCAUCUCAAAAAUGCGAUCUACUGAAAGGACUCCUACUUAUCUUAACAUAUUUGGCUAUGAGAACGCUUGAUGCAUCCCGAAUGUAUCAUUCUAUACGUGGUCAAGCCGUUCUCAAAUUAUACGUUAUUUUCAACGUAUUAGAAAUUUGUGACAAACUAUGUUGCUCCAUUGGCAGCGAUAUUUUGGAUGCCUUGUUUUCCAAGACGACUCUCGGAAACUACCGUGGUCAGCAAACGUCUGGUGAAAGUAUUUCGGCCAAAAGACAUCUCCGUCCUGUUACCUUCUUCUUGUUAGCCCUGACCUAUAUGAUUCUACAUACCCUCGUUCUCUUCAUACAAAUGAUCACUUUGAACGUAGCCAUCAACUUUUACUCGAAUGCUCUUUUGACCUUGUUGAUUUCGAAUCAGUUCGUUGAAAUUAAACAAUCCGUUUUCAAGAAGUUUGAAAAGGAGAACUUGUUUCAACUUAGUUGCAGUGAUAUCGUUGAGCGGUUUCAACAGGGUAUGUUUCUGCUCAUUAUUACAUUGCGCAAUGUUAUUGAGCUCUCGGAAUCGCCCCCAUCGCCCUUUUCCAUCCUGCCAUCCACAUUUGUCCCGCUAUUUAAGCUGCCCACUACCACGACUUUGGACACGUUAAUGACACCUGUCAUCAUGGUCAUUCUUUCUGAGCUUAUUGUUGAUUGGCUCAAGCAUGCAUUUAUCACCAAGUUCAAUCAAAUUCGGCCAAGCAUAUACAGUAAAUACAUUGAUAUUCUCUGUCGAGAUUUAGUGGUAGGAAGUCCCGGCAGGAUGAGCGGCAAGAAAGCAAUCUUCGUAGAUCAAGCUCCUAUGGUGUCCAGACGUAUUGGAUUUCCCGCAUUACCAAUGGCCUGCUUGAUGACUCUCAUUGUACAGCAACUAAUUCCAAUGCUAUUCUCGGCCUCGCCGACCUCAUCGAUGGAUAAUGGAGGCACCAAAGUAUCUACUUAUCUUGUUGAAAGUAUUGCCACAUUCCUUGUCGAUUACUGUGGUAAAUGGCUGAUUGCCAUUGGAUCAAUGGCUAAGAUUGAUAUUAUUGGCCUUGUGCAGUCGAUUCUUUUUCGAGGUGGAGCUUUGGAUAAGGCGUUGCAGCAGUUCAUAUGGCUUGGCGCAUGGAUACUUGGUAUCAUCGUCACUGGGCUUUGCCUCAUUGCUCUGAAAGUACUGGUUGGAAUUAAUCUACUGGGUUAUGCAUAUAAACGAUAUGCAUCUAUGCAAGCCAGAGAAGAAGAGGAGCGUAAGAAGGAUGAACUGUACGCGGAAAUGGAUAAAGAUGAAAAGGCUUACAAAUCUUCUGUGCACAAGUAUCUGAAUGAUGAAAACGAUAAUGUUUUAGGAGUGCCUCAGCAAAAGUAUACGCUGGAUAAUGUAGAUCGUUUCUCCAUGGUUAAAAGUAGAAUACCAUAAGUAUUCUACCCGUUCGAUAUCUCAAACUACAUUUAUUGUACAUAAACAAUUCCCACAUUCAUGCUUGAAACCAG